AUGUCGGAUGUCUUUUUUGUGACACAAGCGAGUCAAACAUUUUAUCAAAGUAAGACAAAAAAAGCAAUUAGAGUCUAUGACUCGUCAUUAAAUCCAAUCAAUGAACUGCUUUUGGCCGCCUUGUUCCGUGAAACAUAUCAAGUUUUUCGAGUCUACAAAUACUACAUAAUUGCUCAUAGUAUAACGUGUGUAGAUGAUGUUCAAAAUUACACAAAAGUAGAUAGUAAUGUAACUUCGGAGUUUUAUGUGACAUUCAUGUGGCUUCCAAUAACAUAUCUACCGUAUGACGUCUAUCGAGGAACUGGCUGGUUAUCUCAAUGGGGUGUCAGUGGAGUUUUUCAGUUCUACGCACUUGCUCAGUUCAUAAUCGGUUCACUUUCUACUUUUGGAUUAUACAUUUCUCGAUUUUUUGCUGUUGUGCACAUGAUGACUCUUACUUGGAGUACCAUUGACGACAAAACUAUAAUGUAUCAGCAGAAUAAAAAAGAUGCUCUAUUCAAAAAAGUACCGGAUCUUCCGAAAAAACUUGGAUAUUUCUCCACGUUGCUACUGUUUUCUUUAGCUUAUCAUGGGUUCUCCUCUACUUGUGCAACGAUAAUAUUCACCAAACAGCUGCGAGUCAGAAUACUUCGCUAUAUGAGAUGUUGUUUCAGACAAGAAGUUGUUCCUACCGAAAGAACAAGCCAGAUUGCAAGACCAACAACUUUCAUUGAUACAUCUGUUUAA